AUGGAUCUCGAAAUGUCAAGCGAUUGUGUCAUGGAUUACCUCGAACUGGUCGAUGGCGUAAAUAUGAAUGGCACUAGCCUCGGCAAAUUUUGUGGAGCAAAAGCCCAAAUGCCAGCAGGACGAUUGUACACCAAAUCCAAUAACCUCAUGGCGAAUUUUGUCACCGAUCGAACGAUGAACAGCGGUGGUUUCAAGCUGAUCGUCACAGCUACAUUGGGUAUAAUUGUUACUUGUUUUUCUUGUGAUAUAGUGUAG